AUGAUGACGGAGCAAUCAGGCCAUGGUGAGUGCAUUAACUACUUGCACUACCCAGUCUGACCGUUGCGCACCCGUCACCUGCUACCUAAACCCGUCUUUUUUACUUUGAAAUAGAUAAGACCAUGCAGUACACUAAACCGCAGUCAAGAAAGCUUAAGUUUGUUCCAGAGCUCAUUAGAAUCGAGGAGGUUUCGGAGGAGAAGGAGGAGGAGGAGGAGGAUGAGGAGGAGGAGUGCGAGGAGGAUGAUGAGGAUGACAGCACAAAUGACAAAAACGGCGUAUAUACAGAGGUGAUGGAGAAGGACCAGCAGCAGAAUGUGCACGCUGAUGGAGACACGGACUGUUUUGCUAUCGCCUCUGAAGUAAAUGGUGGAAACUGUGAGGUGUGUACAGUAGUGGCAAACGGAGACAAAGAAGUGAUUCCGGCGCCAUCCGCCGGAAGACGGCGGCCUCCACGAUGGAGGUCCGUUUACAUGUCGUCGCGUAAGUCCACAACUACUUUACUGCCAUGUUACUGCUUUAGCACUUCGUCUCCCUUAUGACAUACCCACCUCUCCUUUCCUUCACUCUUCUCAUAUUAGAAGCCUAUGCAUUGUUGGAUCGCAGAGGUCGAAUUCCCAUUUGCACGCGGUUUUUCUGUGAAAUUGGCAACAGUACCUAGAUAAAUAAGAGAAAUCUUUCGAGGGUGUUGGAGCAACGUGCUCUCUAUCAUGUGAAAACUCGCCGAAUGCACUGCAAUUCACGACGUUAUUUUAUGUGAAAUCUAGUUUUCUUCAUUCGCGCCAAGCUAGUGGGCCAUAACUCCAGUUAAUCUCAUGACUACUCCACCAGGCAUCUCGUGGCCAUUCUACCCGAGUGUCAUCCUACCUUCUGCUUCAUUUCAUCUAGAUCUGACAGAACAAUUUUGUGCCGCUUCAGGAUUUGCUGCUGAAUGAUCGUCUUCAACAGACAGCCAACCGGCUUAAUUUAUAUUUGUCAGCUGGCUGACGAUGCACAUGUUACAUGUUAUAUGGUCCUCAUGUCCCAGUUCACCGUCGAAUGGCGGCACGACUUAAAGGAUUUGGUGAGCCUGUUAAGGCAAAAUGCUGUAAGACGCUGCCCAAAGACAGUUGGUUCAUGCGGUCGGGAGCAUACUACGCGUGAGAUGCAUGAUACGUCAUGUCUCUGCGGUCAAACGACCGCCCACUGAAGUGGAGGCAAUUGGCUGACACACGUUCCUCUGUUACAACAUUGGCAUAUUAGUGAAGAAGAUGAAACCGAGUACAGGAUUAUAUGUAGUCCUGGCUGUGCUCAUCUAGGGCGCAGGGAGUUAAAAAUUCCAUGGCAGAUUUUUGGAAAAAUUAUUCUGAUGCGACACAAAUUCUGUGGGCGAUUUGGGCAAUGGAUUUGUAAGAUGCGAUUGCGAACAAUUAGAUCUUGUAUAUGACGUGUAUGUCAUGAAGAGCAGCUCUGGGAGUGGGCGGCUAUAGUUUGUUUGCACUAUCAGAUGCAUUUGCAUGUGAAGCAGCUGUUUGGAAGAAAAUAUGAGAUGACUCUCUAUGUUAGAUAGCGGAACACGCAAUGAUAAUUGGGCCGACGAGGAUAAUGAUGAAGAGGAUUGUCCAGACGGACGAGACGCAUCCAUGCGCUUAGUCUAGACCACCAGCCUUAACACGCCAGUUUAACAUUCUGCAGUUGCAACCUUAAGUGCUGCGAGAAGGUGAGGUUCGUGUAUAGCUUUUGGAAAAAUAAAAGGGCAUUGACUAAAAUAAAUUAUUUUCAUUAACAGUGCACUUUUUCGAUAAACCUAAUGUUUGCGUUUAUUUCGCAUCCUGAAAGACGAGUAUUUUGGACGUCCAGUUCCAAAGGAAAUGCUCUGAACCUUGAUUACAACACGAAGAGCCGGGCACAUGCAAGACUCUUCUACGCCUAUGAGUCACGAUUUGCCAGGGCUGUUGAAAUGUCGCGUUGGUAGGACGGGAAAGAAUACAGCCUUCAUAGCACACAAUGUCACUAGUAAAUGUUACGGUAAUUUACGUGCAGUCAAUUAGUUUUAUGCUGACCAACCAAUGUGAGAUUGGGUAACAACACUUGUGUCUUCUGUGGAAUAUCAGUGUACAAUUUCAGAUGCGUCGUAUCUAGUGCGUAGUGUCUAAAUACGUGACUUGCGUUGCUCAUUUGUCACCUUGCUACAGACUAGUGAAGUUGACGAAAAUACAGGCAGUGGAGCAUUGGGAAACACUUAUGUCCAGGUUUCAGAGUACUUCCAGCCGGCAGUCCUUGGUGCCUAUCCGGCGCACAGUUGAGAAUAUCGAGCUGUUCCUGUGGUGUACGCAGAUGAACUCCAUUGAAUAAGAGUCGGCCGAGGUUAAUUAAUUCACAGCAGUUGAAUGCUCUUCUGUUGAUAUGCGUAGCAGCUCCGUGGGUUAUCAUGUAAGUCGAUGCAUGCAUAAUUUGAGGAAUCUUAUGACAUUAAGCUAAAAUUCCUAAUCAGUUUCCGAUUACAUUCGACUAUUAUGUAAUUUCGGCUAUCCGUCAGCAUCAUCCCAGCUACUUGAUUUACGCAGGAUUUUGAGUGCACUUUCAUUCCGUCGCUGACAAUAAAUACACAACAUAUAAUGUGAUCGUUUACACACGACGCUUCUUACUUCAAAUGUCUCUUUGUUCAAAUAUAUUCAUAGUUAACAUCUACAAAACCACUAUUAUUAGUAUCAAAGCCUAGGUGUCUUACAUGCUCUUCAAUUAUUUUCUUAAGGCAUUCUGGCAGAUUUCGGUUUUAAAACAGUUUUCAAUGCAAUAACAAUAAAUGUACCCGAUCUGACGUCGCAAAUAAAUCUAUGCAAUGGAUUAAGACCACACAAUGUAGUGAAUAAGAAGCAAUAAUAAAUGGAGAAAUGUGAUGGUAGUUGGAUGGGCAUUUCGCAGCCUUAGUAAUCUUCUAAGUUCGAACUUGAGUAGACUGGAAACCAGUCUUUAUUUAAGUAGGCUAUUAUGUUUCCAAUGGUAGAUGAGUGGGCAAUUGGAGCGAUGGAAAUUGAAGAUGGAUCUGGAUAGUAGCGUUUACCUGAAAAUUCGCAUGCGUGCAUAUAUAACUGCAAUGUUCGUAGGUAAGCCCCGUGUGACGGGUAUAUGUUGAGAGCAUUGGCGCUUGAAGAAGGAGACACGAUCGCUGGGACAAGAACUUUAUUAGCCUGACGUUUCGGAUUCCUGCUGGAACUAGCCCUGGUUGGGCGGUUUCAGCGAAAUGCUUGACACGCAAUCGACUAGACCAAUAAAUGGCGUGAAUGCGUGAACGAAGGUUGUGUAGGUUGGUGCUAAGUUGAAAUUGGUGUUGCUUGGCAGGGCGUAGAAACGUGUACACUGUUGGUGAUGAUGUUGAUGGUUAUGGCGGUGUUGGUUGUGUUGGUGGUAAUGUUGGCGGUGACGAUUUUGAUUGAGAUGGUGUUGUUGGUGUUCUUGCUUUUGGUGAUGGUGGUGGUGGUGGUGAUGGUGGUGGUGGUGGUGGUGGUGGUGUUGGUGUUGUUUUUGUCGUUGUUGGUGGUGGUGUUGGUGUUGGUUGUGGUGAUGGUUUUGAUGGAAAUGGUGGUAGGAGUGAAGAGACGAGUCCCAGGAUGUAGUCUUGCAGAAGGAGACACGAUCGCUAGGACGAGAGCUUUAUUAGCCUGACGUUUCAGAUUCCUGCUCGAACCCAUCAUCAGAGACGACAGCAGAUACGGGUGAUUCAUGCACCAGGGUCUGCAGUAUUUAUAGGAUGCAGUCGCCAUGCUAUCGCACUCCUAUUCACGGCUCCCCCCCCCUUCAUUCGGGAUCGUUGCACGUGGUGUGUUAACUGCUUGAUGGCCGACGUUCGCGUCGUUAAUUGGUACAUUUUCAUAACGUGCGUUGGACGUUAGCGUGCUGAUUGCUCGAUCAUCUGUCGUAUCGACCCUGGUGUUGGGAAGAGUGUUCACCUGUGCGCUCCCCGCGUGCUCAAUUAAUCCGCCUAGGCGAAGUCUCGGCACAGAAUAUGGAAGGGGAAGUUCUUUGCACCUGUCAAUGGACUAGGGACCCGUAAACCAUGACUCAAGUAGCUCCCGGCUCACGCGGUUGUCAACUCUUGCGACAAUUUCGGCCUCGUCGAAUUUGAAUGUGUGGCUGGAUCUUGUCGAAUGAGCCGCAACUUGGGAGCUGGCGUCAUUUCUCCGCACCGCUGCAGCGUGUUCGGCCAUUCUCGUUCUGAGUUGUCUUCCGGUUUCUCCGAUGCAGUUGCUUUGUCCGCAAUUGCACCAGAUCCGAUAAACGACUCCAGAAAUUUCUAGUCGUGGCAGUGGGUCUUUUGGUUUCAUCAACUGGCGCCUGAUGGUUCCCUCCGGUCUGUGUGUAGUUGUGGCGGUUUUGACGAUGUUGGUGAUGGUGCUGGCGUUGGUGGUGAUGGUGGUGGUUGUGGUGUUCGUUGUGAUUGUGGUGGUGGUAGUGGUAGUGGUGAUUGCGACGGUGGUGGCAUUGGUGAUUUUGGUGGUGGCCGCCCCACUCGACGGCUUGGUAGGGUGAGUCCGCUCAUUUUGGCAGCCUUGAAUGUUCGUUGGCCUUUAGACAAUCGGAGGAGCAACCAACCGGAUUGGUGGACGGCUGUAGUGGCUCUGUAGCUGGCAUGCAGCAAGGCGGACAUUGCUGCCAUCAAUGAGACCUGGUUCUCCAAACAAAGCCAAGUGGAGGGUGUGGGUGACGGCUACACCUUUUUCUGCAGUAGUCCUUUCAUUGCAGGGAGACAGGACGCAGAUCUUGUCCUUUUUCUUUCUAGAAUAACAUCCUGCAACAACUGCCUUCUCUGCCACAUUAUGGAAACAAUCGCCUGAUAAGCCUCCAAAAGCCUCACCAGCGCGGCAAACUUGUCAUGAUUAUGGUCAGCGUCUAUGCCACCCUCCUCCCGAGAACCAAAACUGAGGCUGUAAGUGGUAUAUCCUGGAAGGACCUGCACGCAUUUCUGGUGGCCGUGCCGAAGGCGGAUAAGUUGGUUGUCCUCGAUGACAUCAACGUCCGCGUCGGCACAGACCAUGUUGCCUGGAGAGGCGUGUUGGGAACAGAUGACCUCAAUGGCUCCAGUGAUAGUGGCCUGUUUCUCCUGCGAACCUGCAUGGAACACUGUCUCACCCGGUCCAACACCUACUUCCGUCUUAAGAUGCGAGUGAAGUCCAUGCGGAUGUGCGGUUGGUGGAGACACUGA